AUGCAAAGAGAGAACAGAACAAAUGCAUUUAUCUUGGUUGGGUUUCCUGGAAGCUUUGGAUUACAGGUUUCACUCUUCAUUAUUUUCCUGAUUAUAUAUUCAUUGACUGUCACAGAGAACAUUGUGAUCAUUUUACUCAUCAGGGUGAAUAUCAAUCUCCAUAAGCCUAUGUAUCUGUUUUUAUGCAAUCUUUCUUUCCUGGAGAUCUGGUAUGUCUCUGUCACAAUCCCCAAGAUGCUUGUUGGCUUUGUGAUGGAGAAGAAGGAGAUUUCCUUUAUUGGUUGCAUGGCUCAGCUGUACUUCUUCCUAGCUCUAGCAUGCACAGAGUGUGUUCUUCUAGCUGUUAUGGCCUAUGACCGCUAUGUGGCCAUUUGCUACCCAUUGUGCUAUCCAGUCAUGAUGAGUCAAGAGCUCUGCAUUCUCUUAGCAGCUGGUUCCUGGAUGAGCGGCUUUUUCAUAGCCAUGGGGAAAGUCUAUUUUAUUUCACGCCUUAGCUACUGUGGACCAAAUGUUAUCAAUCAUUUUUUUUGUGAUGUAUCUCCUCUUCUCAAUCUGGCCUGCACUGAUAUGUCAUUGGCUGAACACAUGGACUUUCUACUAGCUUUGCUCAUUCUCCUUGUUCCACUAUCUGUAACAAUUGCUUCCUAUUUUUAUAUCAUCUCCACAGUCCUCCACAUCCCUUCAGCCAAAGGGAAGCGGAAAGCCUUUUCCACAUGUGCCUCACAUCUUCUGGUAGUCACUAUUUUCUACUGUGCUUCCCUUUUCAUCUAUGCACGUCCAAGGGCCCUCUCAUCUGUUGACUCCAACAAGCUGGUAUCUGUUAUUUAUACUGUUCUAACACCACUCCUCAAUCCAGUCAUCUACUGCCUGAGAAAUCGGGAAUUCAAAAAUGCCCUCGGAAAAACUAUUACUGGGACUUUAUAG